AUGGCAUGUGUGUGCUCAGUAGUUGUUGGCCGAGCUCCAGCUUGUGGACUGCUGACUUUAGUUCCUCGUUUCAGCUCCACUACCAGAGUUGGGUAUAGAAAGCUGCGCAAGAAUCAUCAGAGCCCUCGACGCUCUAAGCUUCCCCCGGAUUUUGGGGUCAACUUGUUCCUCAAGAAGCCAACUACUGAGUCUCUUUUGAUACAUGACAAUGGUGAUUCUUCUGACGAUGAGGAAGAAGCUGAAGCUGCAGGUGAGGUUGAGGAAGAUGGGAACCAUGAGGACCUUAUUGAUUGGGAAGAAGACGAGAUUGAAGCAAUAUCCUCCCUCUUUCAGGGUAGGAUCCCUCAAAAGCCAGGCAAGUUGACCAGAGAAAGGCCAUUGCCACUUCCCCUUCCUCACAAGAUUAGGCCUUUACGACUCCCUACCCCGAAGAAACGAUAUAAGUUUAUCCCUCCGAAGUCAGCUGUUUCAACCCCGUCGUCAGUUUCCAAUCAACUUCACAAGAACCCAGUUUUUCUCAUUAACUUGGCUAAACGGAUUAGUGGCCUUAAGACUGAUGAAAAUGCAUCUCUUGUUCUAAAGAAGCAUGCUCGCUUUCUCAGUAAAGGUUCGUUAUCUUUGACUAUUCGAGAGCUGGGUCACAUGGGUCUCCCUGAGAGAGCACUGGAGACAUUUUGUUGGGCUCAGAAUCAACCUGACCUUGUCCCUGAUGAUAGGAUUUUGGCUUCUACUGUUGAAGUGUUAGCACGGAAUCACGACUUGAAAGUACCAUUUGACUGGCAGAGCCUCACUACUUUGGCAAGCCGAGGGGUCAUGGAGGCAAUGAUUAGGGGAUUCAUUAGAGGUGGAAAGUUACAGCUCGCUUUGAAACUUGUCUCCGUUGCUAAGCGAGACAAUAGAGUGUUGGAUGCAGGUAUAUAUGCCAAGUUAGCCCUCGAGUUGAUAAAGAAUCCAGACAAACACUCACUUGUGGCAGAGUUACUGGAGGAGCUUGGAAAUAGGGACGCAUUGAAUUUAACCCAGCAGGAUUGCACUGCUCUCAUGAAAGUCAGCAUUAGGCUUGGGAAAUUUGAGAUUGUGGAAGGUCUUUGUGAUUGGUUUAAACUAUCAGGAAGGGAACCAAGUGUGGUUAUGUACACAACUUUGAUCCACAGCCGGUACACAGAGAAAAAGUAUCGGGAUGCGCUGGCUGCUGUCUGGGAAAUGGAGGGUUCAAAUGUUCUACUUGAUCUCCCGGCUUAUCGUGUGGUUAUAAAGCUUUGUGUUGCCUUGAAUGAUCUGCAAAGGGCUUCCAGAUAUUUUUCGAAACUCAAGGAAGCAGGUUUCUCCCCAACUUAUGACAUGUACAAGGACUUGGUUAAAGUACAUAUGGCUUCUGGAAGACUGGCAAAGUCGAAGGUAAUCUGGAAGGAAGCAGAGGUGGCUGGGUUCAAGUUCGACAAACCAAUGUGCACCCAAUUCUUGCAACUCGAAAGAGAACAAGGUUUGUGA